AAACGUGGCGCAGGGGCUAUGCAGCCUUCUUGAAACCGCCCCGUUAGGAGCGUCUAUCGCUGCCAAGGCCCUAGGCAAGGUCUUCGAGCAACUUGAGGCUGCGCUUGCCCUCGGGCCCGCCGUCAGCAUGCUGGUGCUGGACGUCAUCCUGGUCUACGAGGUGCUCAACCGGCUAUGGGAGCUCAGACACGACUCCGCACGCGAUUCGACCAGUCACGAUAGCAACGUGGAUCAGCGGCAGCAGGAGCCGGAGCAACAUCAGCAGCCGCAGGAGCAGCAGGAUCAGGAGCCGGAGCAGCAGCAGGCGCCGCAGGAGCAGCAACGUGAAGAGGAGCACACGACCCCUGCUCUGACCCCUGCUGAGGAGGGACCCAAAGCGUUGGACUGGUGGCAUGUGCUCUGCUGCUGCAGGAGCAGGUCCAGCGCCAAAGUACACCCGGCUCAGUCCGCCCCGGUGCCGGCCCCAACAGGCGCCGCUGCUGGCUCUCCCAGCGGAGGCGGAGGCCAGCGCGGAAACCAAGCUGAUAUUUCCGGCGCUGCCGGUUCUUCUUCUGCACCAGGCGACGGAGAUGCUGAGGCGGCGCUGGAGGCAGCUAGCAACACAUUGGGCGACUUCGCGAUAGCCAAGACGGCGGGUGCCAUCCACGCUGCCCUGUUGAGGCUGGCUCUGGAUGAGGCGAGCACCCUGAUUACGGACAUUCGCAGACGCAACUUGAUCGCGACGUCGGUCGGCGCCGGCACGAUGCUCGAGGACAUAAAGGCGGCGGCGGUGUUUCUCUCAAGCGCACGCGAGCGCUUCUGUGAGGCCGUCACGACGGGCAAGGUGUUUGGCGAGUACGCGGCGGAGGGCAUCACGCAGCUGCGCGCGGUGCAGCGCGGCGAGAUGCCGGAGGGCGGCUCCAUCCUGCUGCGCAGCAUCCCCAGCCAGCGGGGACAGGCCGUCAAAGCCAAGCUGUUCAAGGUGGACGCCGAGACGACCAACGCGAUGAGCAAAGAGGUGCUGGACCGCCUUGCCGGCGGCGGAGCCGCGGCAGGGCCGCCGGACAGGGAUUGGCAGGCGGUGCUGGAGUCGCAGCCCAAGUGCAUGGCCGUCACGUCCAGCAAGCUGGAGCAGUGCUCGCGGGAUCCGGUGCAGUUGUUCUUGGUCAAGAAGGGCGGGGAGCUGGCGGCGGCGCUGUGCCUGUGCAAGCAGCACGGCACCGGAUACCAAGACGAGGCGCUGCUAAUGCAACCCCUCGCGAAUGGCUACACCGCUGAGUCCACGAUCCCGCGGCCGGGAGGCGUGUACGCGCCGCCGCUGGAGGAGCUGAACUUCACAACGCUGGGGGGCGCCGCUGCUGGCGGUGGCGGCGGCGGCGCAGACGGCACCGGCGCCGCUGCUGGCGGCGGCGGCGGCGCGGGCGGCGGCAGCGGCGGCGGCGCGGGCGGCGCCCUGCCGUUCGACAACUGCCGCGCGGUCUUCCGCAUGACGGUGGAGCAGCUCCGCCGCGUCCGGGACGGCGGUGGAACCAGCGCCUGGGACGCACUUUGCAAGAGGCUUUGGUCGUCGGCUGACAUCAAGCACUCGUGCGCGCGCUGUGAGGCGCCGCAACCCAAGUCGAUUUGGGCUGACACGUCGGGCGCCCCAGGCGCGCCCUCGUACCGUAUGCUAGUCGUGUGCGGCGAUUGCCGGAAGGGGAAGCACCUGAAGGACAAGCCCGUCUGUUGGGUGGAGCUGCACUACAGCUCAAAGAACUUCACUCCGGAGCAAAAGAACGUGGCGUGGACUCACUUUUCGCGGCUGUGGGGCGGCGCCGAUGUUGGUGGCGGUGGCGGCGCCGAUGGUGGUGGCGGUGGCGGCGCCGAUGGUGGUGGCAGAGGCGGCGCCGAUGGUGGCAGUAACAGCUCCGGCGCCGCAGGUAGCAGCAACGGCGCCACAGGUAGCUGUGGGCCUUCGGGCAGCGGCGGCGCGAGCGGCGACCGGCCUUCGGGCAGUGGCGUUGCAGUGGCCUCUGGUGUCCUGGGCACAGCCGCCCGCCAACCACUGCCGCCUGUCAAAGCGCCCGCUAGUGGGCGGCAGUAGACAGCAGCACGGCCUUCUGCCGCUUCCGCUGUUGUGCCAGUUGUUGGCCGCAUCAACAAGAGGCCAGCAACGCGGCGCAGCAGGCAAGCAGCCACAUUGAACGCGCUGGCGGCGGUUGCGGCGACGGUUUGGGUGGGGGAGGAGGAAGAGGAGCAGCCAGAGGGCUCCCUGCCGGUGCCAGAGGGCCCCCUGCCGGUGCCAGCCAGACGGGCCGCCGCGGUGCGCACCCCCUUAACGUUCCUGCACUGGGCUUCCAGACGCUGCAACCUGACGAGCGCAUCCACGGCUGCAAGGCCUUGUUCCGCCUGACACGGGAGCAGCUGUGCAGCUACCGGGACGGCGGCGACGCGGCCUGGUGGCAGCUCAUCGGCGACCUGCUUGCGGCCAAAGCCGGCCGGCCCGACUGCGGCUGCGCCCGGGCCGCCUGCACCCAAAAUAACAAGGCCAGUGUGUUGCUGGCGGAGUGGAGGGCGGAGGGGCAGCAGCAGUACGGCAUGAUCGGCGUUUGCGGCGGCUGCUGGGGGGCCAAGUGGGCGGGAGAGGCUGAUAAGGACGGGUGGAAGGGCUUGUACCACACGAAGCACUCUGGGGAGCGAGGCGGGCAGGUACCUGAGCACGCUAUGCCAGUAGGUGGGCAAGGCUGAAGCUAGCGUAACAUCCUUGCAAUACGUUGCGGUACACUGCGAAGGUGUAAGCCAGCCGGUCGCAUGGAGCAAGCAAGUAGCGGUGCGGCUAGUGCGGCAUGCAUGCAUACAUGUGGCUUGCUGUCUAGAGUUUCAUUUGUGCAUUUACGACCCCUCCUGACCGGCCGCCUGGCGAGCAUGACGCGUGGCGGAUGUUGUUGCAAUGAUGUCAAUGGCGGCACGGCGUUCAUCACCGCACAUAGCUGGACAGCUAUUGGCGCGGUCACGCGCUGUUAAAUGUGUAGGGCUGAUGCAUGGGUGGGUGACACCUGGGUGGCGCGUGUGUGUGUGACGUCGCAAGGUAGGGGCCAUCAUUUUCGGAUUCUUUGUAGCUGGCGCAAUGUGGAGUUCGCCGGGGUGCAUUGGGGUACCGCGGGUUUCCAUUAACUAAUGCCGCUGAGACACGCGGCUGGGCCAAGCACGCGGCAGCGGGAGCGGGGCGGGGUGGCAUGCGGGUGGUUCUGUGCGUGCGCGCGUGCGGCGUGGCGGCGUGGGCGUGAUCACAUUAACGUAAGCCGGAUAUUGGCCGGAUGAAGGUCUGCAUGCUGUGUGCUGAGAUGGCAGCUAGCCUGUUUUGGGUGAAGGACUCUCGUUUCUUACUUCGGUAUGCUGUCAGGCAGUAGUGUUGGUGGUCAAGCGUUGGCUUAAUGGGCUGGUUGCCUUCAAGGUGCUUUGGUGGUGCGGUGUGGUGUGGUGCUGGGGCUGCUGGUGAGCAUUCGUCUGUUGGGUCGUUCUCCGGCCAUUUUGCAUAAGUGGUGGUGUCCCUUGCCUGCGCGGGUGUGAUAAAAAACGAAACGAAAGCCCGCCAUCGGAGUUACUUACCAAUACCUACCAGUUCACCGAGCGUCGCGUGGUUGCCGUCACCCAGGUAGUCAUACUUAUUCGCGAUAAGCCUGUCACCCCACGGGCGACCAUUCGGCCUGACCCCGCCACCGCCACACGGCCGCCGCCCUUCCCCGCCUUCCUGACCACGCGGGCGCUGGCCGCGCUGUCGCCGCCCGGGGAGACCGUUGAGCUGCUGGGCGGGGGGCCGGGCCUGGGGUUCGUGGCGGCCAUGACCGACAAGCAGCGCCUGUACCUGUUUGCAAGCAAGUAGGUAGAUGGCGAUGACAACAGGUUGAAGGCAUAGUUCAAGGCUGUUGGGGCUCAAGGGGGCAUGUACACGACUUACCAUGGGAGCACGGCAACAUGUGAAUUAGCUCGCUGCUGCUGCUGUCGCCGGGCUAGCUACUUGGGUGCAGCGCCGGCCUGUACCGGCGCUGCUUUCGUGUUGCUCCCAACUGUUUACUCUUAUGUGCACAAACAACGGAUCAACGUCUGUAACGGACUCUGGUG